AAAGCCCGAGGUGUUAGACGCAGGUGGAGGUGGACUAGGAGGAGGGCGGGGGUGGAGAGGGGGACACCGGUGGGACAUGGACAGCGAGAGACGAUCGGCGCGUGAAGCUGCUCCACUGCAGGGACCGUGACGGACUGAUUUGGAGUGGUUUUCACCAUGGCGGGCUGCUGGCAGUGGUGCCACCGCAGCUGUGCGUGCUGUCUGUCCGAGGAGGAGAAGACGAACCUCGCCGUGGACAAAGAGAUCAAGAGGAUCCUCAAGCAGCAGAAGAAGAAGGAGAGAAGGGAAAUCAAAAUCCUCCUGCUGGGCACCGGUGAGAGCGGAAAAACCACCUUCAUCCGACAGAUGAGGAUCAUCCACGGACGAGGCUUCUCAGAGGAGGAGAGGAGGACCUUCGCCAAAUGCAUCUUCCAGAACAUUGUCACCGCCAUGAAGGCCAUGACAGGAGCCAUGACCACUCUCAGAAUCCCCUACCACAAUCCCGGGAACGAGAUCUACGCCAAGAGGCUGCAGGACGUGAACACGGUGCAGGUCUCACAGCUGGAGCGAGGCUACGUGGACGGGAUCCGACGCCUUUGGGCCGAUUCGGGCAUCCGGGCUUGUUACAGCCGGCGGUGCGAGUACCAGCUGCUGGACUCCACAGAGUACUACAUGAGCAACCUGGACCGCAUCUCCGCCCCGGACUACAUCCCCACGGAGCAGGACGUGCUGCGAGUUCGAUUCCCCACCUCGGGCAUCCACGACUACUCGUUCACCAUCAACAAAAUCACGCUAAGGAUCGUGGACGUGGGCGGCCAGAAGUCGGAGCGUCGGAAGUGGAUCCACUGCUUCGAAAAUGUCACCUCGCUCAUUUUCCUGGCCUCCCUGAGCGAGUACGACCAGGUCCUGGAGGAGAGGGACACCAUCAACCGUAUGCACGAGAGUCUGGCUUUGUUCUACACCACCAUCCAUUCUCCGUGGUUCCUCAACACCUCCAUCAUCCUCUUCCUCAACAAGACGGACAUCCUGGCCGACAAAGUCCAGACCUCUGACCUGCAGAAAUACUUCCCCAGCUUCACAGGUAAUCGGUGCAACCCCGAGGACGCCAAGAACUACAUCCGCAAGCUGUACGAGCAGCAGGCCGGCAACCGCGACAAAAGGGACGAGUGGAAGACCCUGUACCCGCACUUCACCUGCGCCACGGACACCAACAACAUCCGCAAGGUGUUCAGCGACGUCAAGGACACGGUGCUGAUCAAGGCCCUCAGGGACUACGGGGUCAUCUGACCUCCUUUCGACUCUCCGCCUGCACCUCCCGCGCUUCCACCCGCGGCGGCCGAAAAGCCACUUCCUCUUUCUCUCAUUUGUGUUUCCGAGGCAACGGUCGGACCUUCAUUUUGUCCUCCUCCUCCUCCUCCUGCUGCUGCUGCUGCUCCACCUCUUUCCCCUCAUUGGGAGGGAGGAAGGUGGAGAACAAAGGGCCUUCUUUUCCUCUUAAGCAGGACACAUGAGGACGUUUAGGGAGAUUGGGAGAGACAACUAGACUUGAGUGACUUCUGAUCGGGGGGGGGGGAGCGGUGGAGCCAGUAAUCACCGUCAGGCCUCUCGGGGGGGGGGGGGGGGGGGGGGGGCAGCCCCCUCCACCCGCUUUGAGUGUUGGGCGGACGCAGCGGACGAAUUGAACCGUAAUUGAAGCAGGAGCCGAGACGCUGUGAAGUACUGUGCCGCCAUUAACGGGGUAAUGACUUUUUAACAAGUGGCGGCGGCGCUGGGGUACGGCGGACCUGCCGCCAGGCCUUCGUUUUCAGGGCUUCAUCUUGGGUUACGUUUAGGUUCCAACGCUAAACACACACACACACACACACAAAAAAAAAAAACGUUUUCUAUUCUGCAACCUGAAUGGCAUUCCACGCGCUAUCGGGGCAUCUGGAGUUGUGCGGCUUUUCUCUCAGCGAUUAACGUCACGCGGAGUCAACGUCAGAGACACCAAAUCCUUAUUGACUGCAGCUAUCUCGCGCCGGCAGUGCGGCUAUCUGAGCGGCUCCGCUCUCCAUCCACCGCGAUAACAUUCACCGCCAGCAGGUUGCUCUGCCUUUGUUUAAUGGU